GGGGGCGAUCUGGGAAUGCAUAUUAAGAGAUUCGGCCGGUUCACUGAAGAGCGCGUCCGUUUUUAUAUGGGGCAACUGGCCCUUGCCAUCGAGCACCUCCACGACCACAAAAUCAUUCACCGCGACAUUAAGCCCGACAACAUCCUCCUGGACGCCAAGGGAAACGCGGUUCUCGCUGACGUCGGCAACCCGGGUUACGAUCCAUCCUGUAUGUGCUACGAGGCUUAUGGCUCCGAGGCGUACAUGGCGCCGGAGAUGCUUGCCGGCAAUGGGUACAGUUUCAACGUGGAUAUCUGGGCUCUAGGAGUGAGCGCGUUCGAGAUGCGCUGCGGC